AAAAAAAAAUAGAAGAAAUGUUUUCACUUAAGGUUCUGCCCCAAAACACAUUUAAAAAUGCCACUGUCAUGCGAAGCGUCUGAAUAAUUUGUAUGUGUUGAUCGGUUCCGAUCAGCUGCUCAGUUCCACCUCGUCAUCGGACCGCAUAGCAUAGCUAACAGAACAAAAUCUUCGGCUUAUGUUUUGUUGUGCUGGAAAAAACACUAAAUUAGUUUUUUGUUAAAUUUUUUCGCAUAUAAUUAAUUACUUUUGCGUUACUUGGCAAUGAUUACUCGAAUUAAUGAAAAUACCAUUUCAGCAUUAAACCACGGUUUGAUCAAAAAUGCUGCCCAAUGGGUGCUACGGUUGGAAAGAAUACAAUAGUCACGAACAAUGUCAUAACUCCUCAGCUAAUGAUAUUAAGAAUUUAAAUGAAAAAACUAAACAAAACCAACCGAUCCCAGUUAUACACUUAAAAGAUGAACAUAAUGACAUCGAUUUUCCAGUGUUGUUCAGAGUUUUCUGUGACUGCAAAACGAAAACAAAAAGAAACAUACGAAUGAUCAAAUUUGGACGUUCAAGAUGCCAUUUUCUAGUGAGCCGUUGCUUCGCAGUCGCCGCUCUUUUUAUUAUAGCGGCCACAAACGGCGUUUAUGCCCAGACAGAAGGAAAAGGCUUCAGCAACUCUUCCAAUGCAGUGUUGAGUAACGAAACAAACAUCAGUACAAACAUCGUUUCCGUGAGCAAAGAAAGUACCAACGUUUCCGAAUCUCCUUCGAUCUCCGUGGUGGACCAAAUUAAUGAAAAUACGGCAUUAUUCCAAAUAAAAGUACAAAACAAGCCGCCUGGAAUAAAAAGUUCCUCUUUACCAAAGGUAUCAGUUUCAGAAGAUUUUACGACCGUAUCCUUAUACCGCAAUACUUUACUUAACAUAGAAAGUAUGCUACAACGUCAGUUACAUGAGAAAGCCAAAGUGGAUAGUUUGGAGUCAAUUAAAAUGCACAUACUUAUGCGAUUAAAUUUAAAAAAACUUCCCAAUAUAACAAAACCUAUAUCAGUUCCACAGACCAUACUAGAUAACUUUUAUAAAGACUAUAAAACAUCCUUCAAAAACACAGUCAAAAACAAUAUGGCGAGUACAGUCGAAUCUCGCUUAUUUCAAAAGUCAACAAUUCCGGGAAACUCAAACCAAAAUUACACUUAUGGCAACGAUACCCUGUACGAACCAUUUGACGAAAGUUCGUCGUCUCAAAUGCAAGGAGAUGAUGCCAACACUGUUAAUGAGUUUAAUUUAAAGCGUGGAAUGGAUUUUAACGAAAAUAAAGAUGAGAAACCGAACAGCCCGGUUAAUAACGACGGGGAGGAAUACGAAAGUAUUCUUUCACACAUUAGCAGUAUAUACAUUUUUCCUGAACAAUUUCAACCACAUGUACGACACAAUCGGAAAACAGAUGUUCUUCGGUUUAAAAUUGACAGUAGCUACUCGGAAAUAUCAUAUGCUACCCUUCAUUUAUACUUGCGUGGCUGGGACUGGAUAAACACCAAUCAGCCUGAACUUUUAGAAGAGAUAAACGCUCAGCAGAGUAAAGAUAUUGUUGUGACUAUUCACCGUGCUGCAAAACGUACAAAUAUUACAAGCUUUACUCACACAGUCAAAAUGUUCGAAUUUCGUCAUAAAAUUCCCUCUGGACUUGGCCAAUGGGUUAACGUUGAUUUAAAAACGCUUUUCGAUGAUAUCGGGUCGAAAAGUAUCCAAGAUAUUUUAAUAAAAGGAGGAGAAUCCUGGAUGAAGCCAUUGGUGGUGACGACUGAUAACACACCAAAGAAUCCAUUGACAGUUCACAUAGAAAUUGGGUCGAAACAAAAACACCGGAGAAGGCGCAACGUAUACAUGGAUUGCACAGAAAAUGAUCAUGACAUGAGAUGCUGUCGUUAUCCACUAAAAGUCAACUUUACAAGCUUUGGUUGGCAUUUUGUAGUAGCGCCAACGUCAUUCGAUGCGUAUUUCUGCAGUGGAGAUUGCAAAGUUGGGUACCUAGAGCAAUACCCCCACACUCAUUUAGCAGCUCUGACGACAUCGGCCACCCCGUGUUGCUCGCCGACAAAAAUGAGUUCUUUAAGUUUGUUAUAUUUUGACGACAAUCAUAAUCUGGUUCUAAGUGUUAUUCCAAACAUGUCUGUCGAGGGCUGCAGCUGUUCCUAGCAAACCAUAAAACAACUAAGUGUUUCUAUUUAAAACAAGAAAUAAAUAAAUAAAUGUAUAUAAAUUAAUUAAAUGA